GAGCGGGUGCGGAUCCGAGAAGCCGAACUUGGCCAUGGAGCCAGUAGCGACCUGGACCCCCGGGAAGGUGGCGGCUUGGCUGAGAGGCCUCGAUGAUUCCCUGCAGGACUAUCACUUUGAGGACUGGGAGCUGCCUGGCAAGUACCUGCUCCAGCUCUGCCCCCGAAGCCUGGAAGCUCUAACUGUGUGGCCUCUGGGCCACCAGGAGCUCAUCCUGGAAGGGGUGGAACAGCUCCGGGCCCUGAGCUCCGGGCUACAGUCAGAGAACCUGCGGAGCCUGACAGAGGGGCUGCUGGAGGGAAUCCGGGCAUUCCAGAGCUUAGUCCAAGGUCGCUUGGGGGGCUGUGCUGAGCCUCCUGCAGAUGUCCUCACCGCGGCCAUGGAGCUGGUGCAUGCGGCCCAUUCCCUCCUCUUCUGGCUCAACAGGUACCUCUUCUCCCACUUAAAUGACUUCUCAUCCUGCCAGGAGAUUGGGGAAUUGUGCGGGGAGCUGGGCCAGGCCUUGCAGGAGGACUGCCCAGCGGCUGAGAAGGAGAGCAAAGUCCUGAGGAUUAGCAGCCACGUGGCCGGGAUCUGCCACAACAUCCUGAGCUGCAGCCCAGAGGAGCUGCUGGAGCAGAAGGCCGUGCUACAGUACGUGCCGCUGGACCAUCCUUCGGGCCUGGAGAUCCACACCACCAGCAACUGCCUGCACUUUGUGUCUCGAGUGGGCACCCAGGUCCCCAUUGAUUCCCGGCUGCAGAUCCUGCCUGGAGACGAGAUUGUCCAGAUCAAUGAGCAGGUGGUGGUGGGCUGGCCCCAUAAAAACGUGGUGAGGGAGCUGCUCCGGGAGCCAGACGGGGUCAGCUUAGUGCUGAAGAAGGUCCUGGCGCCGGAGAUACCCUCACAGACCCCUCCUCAGGCCUUGGGCCCCCCACGCCCAGUGAGCCCAUUGCUGGCUCCGGCCCUGCCGUCUCCCAGGGCCCCAUCGGAAGACGUCUUCGCCUUCGACCUGACUUCAAACCCAAGUCCCGGACCCAGCCCUGCUGCCUGGACAGCCUCAACCUCCCUUGACCCGGAGCCCCUGCCCGGCCCCCAUGCACCCUCAGCCACACUCCUAGCUGGGGUAGCAGAUGCUCCAGAGCCCCCAGAACACCCUGACAAGAGUCCUGUCCCUGGUCGCAAGAAAUCAAAAGGCGUGGCGACGCAGCUGAGCCGCCGGCAGGUGUCCUGCCGGGAGCUGGGCCGGCCUGACUGUGAUGGCUGGCUCCUGCUCCGCAAGGUGCCCGGGGGCUUCAUGGGCCCACGCUGGCGCCGCUGCUGGUUUGUGCUCAAGGGACACACGCUCUACUGGUACCGCCAGCCCCAGGAUGAGAAGGCUGAGGGCCUCAUCAAUGUCUCCAGGUACAGUCUGGAAAGUGGACAAGAUCAGAAGAAAAAAUAUGUGUUCCAGCUCACCCAUAACAUGUACAAACCCUUCAUCUUCGCUGCUGAUACCCUGACGGACCUGAGCAUGUGGGUGCGCCAUCUCAUUACCUGCAUUUCCAAGUACCGGUCUCCAGGCCGCGCCCCCUUGCCCCGAGAGGAAGACUGCUACAGUGAGACGGAAGCAGAAGACCCCGACGAUGAGGCUGGAUCCUGCUCAGCCUCGCCCAGCCCGGCCCAAGCUGGGAGUUCGCUCCACGGAGACACAUCACCUGCGGCCGCCCUCACGCAGGGCAGCCCACGGACCUCCUUCAGCCCUCCGACAGACAGCAGCGAAGGGGCCCUGGAAGGAAUGGUACGGGGGCUGAGGCUGGGUGGCGUGUCCCUCCUGGGCAGGCUGCAGCCCCUCACUCACGAGCAGUGGCGGAGCUCUUUCAUGCGGCGCAACCGAGACCCCCAGCUCAAUGAGCGAGUGCACCGCGUGCGGGCGCUGCAGAGCACGCUCAAGGCAAAGAUGCAGGAGCUGCAGGCCCUGGAGGAGGUGCUAGGCGACCCCGAGCUCACUGGGGAGAAAUUCCGCAGGUGGAAGGAGCAGAACCAGGAGCUCUACUCAGAGGGCCUGGGGGCCUGCGGAGUGGAGCGGGCAGAGGACAGCUCCCAAGCCCCGAACUCUGACUCCAGGGAACCGUCUUCCCACCCCCCACCCUCUCAGCCUGAGGAGCACUCCUGUCUCCGCCCCCUGACCCCAGAGAGUGACCUCUGACCUCCUGACUUCUAACUCUGGCCAGUACCCUAGUUCCUGAUCUCUGGCCUUGAGGACCACCUCUGACACAUCUAGGAUAGAGCAUCCCUGCAUUCUGUUCCAGUUUGGAAGUAGUGCUUUGUCCAUGUUCUGUCCCAAGCUGACUGCCUCUGCCUGAGCUGCUGCCAUUUCUGCUCCUCCCUCCCCUGGAGUGGGGUGAAGUGAAGUGAGCUUUGUGCCAAGGAAGGAGCAAGAGACGGGGCCGAAAGAACUCUCUCCUACCCUGUGCUCUGUGGGGUCACAGACCUGCCCCCUCCGCCCCACGGCACUUCGUUCCCCAAGCCAGUCUGUAUGGGUGUUCUUCACUUUACCCAGGAGACACUUUUCAACUAAAUAA